AUGUCCCCUAUCCUCGUUUCCGAUAUUGUCUCCGCUCUCGCGUCAAUGAAAGAAUCUUCCCCCGGACCUGAUGGCCUCCGCCUUAACACCUUGCGGGAUAUUCCCGUAGAGGUCAUCACCCUGCUAUGUAACUUGCUGCUGCUGAAGGGUCCGCCGCCAUCCAAGGGUAGAGCCGGCAAUAUCUUCACCUCUCGGGUGACUUUCAUCAAGAAGGUGGAGGUACCCGGCGACCCCUUGGAAUUUCGACCUAUCGCCAUCGGGAACUAUUUUGUGAGGGUGUACCAUCGAGUCCUAGCCAGCCGUUUCGAAGCAUCCGUGCCGAACCAUCAAGACCAAGCCGGGUUUCAGCGUCUUGACGGGAUUGCACACAAUGUCCUGAAACUACAUGCGGCCAUCGCCGAAGCCCGCAAUAAGAACGAAAACCUUGUAGUGGCCGCCGUGGACAUUCGUAAGGCUUUUGACUCACUCUCUCACAAUUUUUGA